AUGGCGAGCGUCUUCCACAAUCUACUCUCUCAGCCCCAAUUCGACUGCUUGGAUUUUACAAACGUCAGUCUUCUUACAAAGCAUGACAAAGCGGAGAUAAUCAAAUGUCUAGAUGCUGCGCUGUCAUCUUUUCUCUCAGAAAUCAACUUCUCCCAUUGUUUUUCCCCAAGUGAUUCUAAGCUUCGUGAGGAUCUGUGGUCCUGGAGCCGAGAAAACCUGAUUGGUGUCUGCAUUUGCGACGAUAAAGUCUUGAAUGGGAUACUUGACGAAGCUGCAGCUAUUGUUGAGUAUUACUACCCCCUUGCUCACCAUGACACUCGCCUGCAAAUGGCCAUAGGUCUGGCGGCAGGGCUCACUGCGGAUGACGGCGUCACUCCCGUGGCUUCUAGGAAGGCUUUUGCAAGUUUCCACUAUCUUUUAUGGUGCGGUGUGCCUGAUUCUGGAAGGGAUGAAUGGUCGACAAUGUAUCUCAAUGUCAUUAGAAACUUUGCUCGGCACUUUGGAGCCAAUGACCCUCGGAUGGGAACCAUUGGCGCCAAUGCCUGGGCCAGUUUUGCAGAGGCAUCAUUUACGGAAGACAACCUGGCCAAGGCCCUGCCACCGCAUUUCUCGCAAAUCCAACCGGGCAUGGAUGAUCAUGGUUGCUGCCCAAAUGGAUUCGCAUACUUUUUCAGAACUCUUACCGGAGCCCCUGGCCCUUUGAUGCUAGGGAUGUUCAAAGUGUCCAAGAGUCUGGAAGUUCCAAUGGAUUAUUGGAUUACCAGCGUGGUGCCUCUGACGACGUUUAUUAAUUUGAUAAACGACUUGCUCUCCUUUCCCAAGGAGAUACUGGCUGGCGAGGCCCACAACUACAUGUCUCUUCAGACACAAGCCAAGCGCCAGAGCGGCCAUCUCUCCGCAUUCCCCCAGCAAGGUAAUUCUGAUGCCCGAUGGACUUUUCGAGACACUUUAUGCGAGACCAUGGACCUUUUGCGUGACGCCAUUCGCUCUCUGGACAAAGCCUUUAUCCAGUUCCACAGUAACAAUGAUGAAUGGAGUGGUGAGCUGGCUAGUCAAGUGUGGACGGCAUUUAGAAACGGGAUUGUUUCUUGGCAUAUCAACCGCCCAAGAUAUGGGCUUACUACUCUGAGAAGCAGCUACGCCAAGGAUAUGACAGUCACCAAAUAA